AAGGGGCACCUGUCAAAACAUUUUGGCGCAAGAUGGCGGCCUCCUUUGACUUGCUGAGAAUACAUAUAUGAGUCUUAUUCAAAACUGUUGAAUGUAACGCGAUUAUUCACGUAUACGAACGUCUUUAUGGACGGUAACUUCAACCCUCAAAGGUUACGCACUGGAACUUGUACGAAAAAGACCUGCUGUUUGCUGACGUCGGCUAGGCUAGGCUAGUCAGGUGUCACUAUGUUGUGGGGCCACUCGUUGAGGACGGUGUCGGGGAAAGCCAAUGUUCUCUGCAGGAUAUUCAACCGAACUCGGUCAGUCAGACAUAGCAGCUCCUGCUGCGGUGUGUCAGGGAAGAAAUGGGUGAGACCCAUCGGGUUUGACACGGGUGUGGAAGCUUUCAACAGCCUGACCAAACAGAAAGAGCCGCUCAUUCUGGCGAGAGAGGGAGUAGCUACCUGGUAUAGCUGUGGACCUACCGUGUACGAUCAUGCUCACCUGGGUCAUGCAUGCUCUUAUGUCAGGUUUGACAUCCUGCAGAGGGUUCUGUCCCGGCUGUUUGGCAUCACUGUCAUUCACGCCAUGGUGAUCACUGACAUUGAUGAUAAAAUUAUCAAAAGAAGCUGGGAGGAAAAUGUAUCUCCAACUGUUAUAGCCAGAAUGUAUGAGGAGGAAUUCAAGAGGGACAUGCUGUCCUUAAAGGUGAUUCCUCCUGCUGUGUAUUUAAGAGUCACUGAGAACGUACAUCACAUUAUCGCAUUCAUUGAAGGGAUAAUCAAAAAUGGACACGCCUACGCUACAAAAGAAGGCGAUGUGUAUUUUGACAUUCAGUCCAUUGGUGAUCGUUAUGGCAAGUUUGUCAAAGCUGCGGACUUGCAGGAAGAAUCUGGCACAUCAUACAAACGAGACUCAAGGGAUUUUGCUCUGUGGAAACAUUCCAAACCUCAAGAACCAUUCUGGGACUCUCCAUGGGGCAGAGGAAGACCUGGCUGGCACAUUGAAUGCUCAACCAUAGCUAGCUGUUUGUUUGGGAGUCAGCUGGACAUACACUCUGGAGGUAUUGACCUGGCUUUUCCUCACCAUGAGAAUGAGAUAGCUCAGAGUGAAGCCUUUCACCAGUGUGACCAGUGGGCUCACUACUUUUUCCACUCAGGUCACCUACACCUGAAAGGCAGUGCAGAAAAAAUGUCCAAAUCUUUGAAGAACUAUAUCACUAUAAAGGAUUUCCUGCAGACCUACACUGCCAAUGAGUUCCGCAUGUUUUGUCUGUUGACCAAAUACAGAUCAGCUAUAGACUACAGUGACCGUAGCAUGGUGGCAGCUCGGACCUCACUGGGAACCAUCAACACCUUCAUUCACGAUGCUCAGGCCUACAUGAAGGGGCAGCUGAAGUGUUCUCCUGUACAGGAAGCUGUUCUGUGGGAUAAGUUGGCUGAGACUAAAUCCAGUGUUCUGAAAUCUCUGGCAGAUGACUUUGAUACACACAGUGCCAUCAGCGCUGUGAUGAAUCUGGUUUAUCAUGGAAACUGCCAGUUGCAGCCAGUGUCCUCUUGUGAUGGAGCGGCUCGCAGCCCAGCAGUGUUUGGAGCAAUGGUCAGCUACAUAAGAGACGUCUUGGAUAUUUUUGGGAUCGAUCUGCUUCAUAGCAAGCAGGAGAAUGUACAGAGUAGUGAUGAAAAUCUGCAGGGCAUUGUGGAGCAGUUGACUCAUUUUCGAAGUGAAGUCCGAUCGUUGGCACUCGCUCAUCGCAAAGACGCGGCCACUGCGUCCCUCAGAACGCCUCUCCUGAAAGCCUGCGACACCCUCAGGAAUGACCUGGCACCAUUGGGAGUUACGAUAAAGGAUAGAGGAGCCACCUCUACAUGGGAGAUGACUGAGAGGAAACAAAGUCGGAGUGGACAUGAUGAAAGCCAGGACACAUCCAGCUGAAUUCUAGCACAAGGCUUUAAAUGAAUUAAGAAAAAAAGAGUUGCAGCAUCACAACCAGUCUGAGACAUGGAGGCUCACUCAUCAAAAACAUGGACUGUAAAUUAUCUUCUUUGUAAUAUAAACUUAAUUAAUGCAAAAGAUUUAUUGUUCCUGUUGGAACAAAGGCCUUUCAUGUGCUCUACGUUUGUGAGUGGGUUAUCUCUGGGUUCUCCGGUUUCCUCCCACAGUCCAAAAAUAUGAGUAAAUUGGUCACUAUUAAUUGACUGUAAGUGUGAUGUGAGGGUGAAUGGUUGUUUGUCUCUAUAUGUGGCCCUGCAAUGGACUGGCAAACUGUCCAGGGUGUACUCUGCCUAUUGCCCUAUGUCAGCUGAGACACAGCACCCUGCACACCUCCUGUGGAGCAUAAAGUGGUAGAAAAUUGAUGGAUUUAAGAAAAAUAAAAGUUGUUAAAACAACUGCACUGUUUGCCUGUCACAGAGGGAAGAUUUUACCAAAAUAAAAGCAUCACAUUAAAAGCAAACGUGAAAUAUAAUCAUGAGGAAAAUGUGAAUGUUUGUUGGGCUCAGCUCAUAGGUGUACAAAUAUAGGACUACUAUAGUAUGAUAGGAAUCGUAUAAGUAGGACUACUUAUGACAUCGCCAUCAAAUUUUGUAACACUGAACAAGAAUAAAGUAGGAAUCAAACUUUCA